GCUCCACCCUGCUGCCUCCGCCGACCCUCCAUGGCCGCCGGCGCGUGGCCGGCGGCCGCGGCGGCGGCGCGCGCGGCGGUGCGCACGCUCGGGCGCCUCGUCCCCCGCACCCACACCCACUCCACCGCCGCCACCACCACCUCCCCCUCCUCCCCGGCGCACACCCUGGACGACUACAACCGCCUGCUGGCGGCCCUGGCGCGGGACGGGGACGGCGAGUCGGCGCUGCGCGUGCUCCGCCGCAUGCGCCACGGCUCGCCCGCGGCCUGCGCGCCCACGGCCGCCUCCUACGUCUCCGCCAUGUCGGCGCUCGCCAAGGCCGGCCGCGCCGCCGACGCCACGGCGCUCUUCGACGACAUGCUCGCGCACGGCGUGGCGCCCGACCGCCGCGCCUACUCGCUCCUCCUCCACGUCUACUCCACCCACCUCGGCCUCCCCGCCGCCGGCCUCUCCGUGCUGCACUGGAUGACCGGCCGCGGCGUCCGCCCCAGCGCCGUCGACUACGCCGACCUCAUCUUCUCCUUCUGCCGCGCGGGCCAGCUCCCGGACGCGCUCCAGCUGCUCGACGAAAUGCGCGAGCUCGGGUACCCGCUCACCCCGCACGUCUACUCGCCGAUACUCCAGGCCCACUGCGACGCCGCCGACAUCCCGGCCGCCGAGGCGCUCAUCGCCUUCAUGCGCGCCUCCGGGGGCCGCUCCGGGUGCAACCCCGACGUCAUCAUCUACAACAUCUACAUCCACGGGCUGUGCAGGGUCGGGGAUUUCCACGCCGUGCAGAGGGUUAUCAACGACAGCGUCUGGAACUGGUGGGUGCCGGACGCGGUGACCUACAGCACCUACGUUGCCGGGCUCUGCCGGGCUGGGUACAUCGAGGACGCGUUCAGGCAGCUGGACAUCAUGGUCGCCAAGGGGCUACAGCUCACAGUGAUCGGCCUCAACAUACUGCUGGAUUACGCCGCCAAGGAUGUAGAUAUGUGGGUUGCCAAGGUGGUGAUGGAGCGCUGCGAAGAGCUGGGCUUCGAAGUUGACGUCGUGACGUACAACACGGUCAUGGAACAUUUCUCCAAGAAGAUGCAGUGGCUGAUUGCCCUCAGGCUGUUCACCGAUCUGCUCAAGAAGCCCAUAACACCCGAUGUGCAGACGUACAACAUCUUGAUCUCAUCCCUGUGCCGAGCUGGCAAGUUUGAGCUCGCCAAGUUCGUGUUCAGUUGCAACGGGUUUGUGGCGGACACCGUGACCUGUAACAUUCUGAUCCAUCAGUUCUACAGUGCUGGAAAGGAGGGCGAGCUCGGGUUCUUGUUCUCCGAUGUUGACGCAGGGAAGAUUACCCCAGAUACAAUCACAUACAACACGCUGGUCGAUUGCCUCUUUAGGUCUGGGAGGAGGACUGAGGCUGCCAAUCUGGUCAGGCACAUCGACGGCGGCUACCCUGCGGAGCCCGUAGCGCAUCUGGCUUUCUGGUUGGUUACGAGCGGAAAUGUUCGAGAGGCUUUGAGUCUGUUUGAUGACAUGCUAGUGAAAGGAGUCGCUUUAGAUGCUAUCGUUUUCGCCAAUGUGAUCAAGGCAUUCUGCAGAAAGGGUCCAGGGGAGUGCACAGAUAUGACACAGCUGUGCUCUGUGCUGGAUAGGAUGCUUGGGAUUGGAUGAUCCUUAUCUUGCUCUCUUGCUGAUAUUGGCUGGUCUCAUUUUUUAACUUGUCCUGUUGUAUCACUAGGAGAUAGCAACUGCAAGUAAAACACCUGUUCUGGUCAUCUAAUUUGUCAACAGCAGAACUUAGCAAGCCAUAGGAAGUUCCAACAAGGAUGUCCGAAUUUCCAUCACCAUCCAAAUCAAUCACAGUUGGAGAUGAAUAUGCAUGGGCACAGAAGUUCCUGUCUUCGAUACUCAAAUCGAGGCCACAUGGAGCUCAGGUUCACACUAAAGCAACCAGACCAACUUUAGAUGAGUUCACUACAUUUUAUACAUUCUUCUGCUUGUCAAACACCAGAUUCUUCUGCUAAAGGAUGGAAACAUGACCAAAUGUAUCAGGAUAGGGAAUCACAUUCUUCUGCUUAUCGAACACCAGAUUCAAAUACGACGAGUUCACUACAUUUUAUAGAUCAACGAGCAGAGGAUCCAGUUGAGUGCACAGAUAUGAUUCAACUGUGUGUUCUGUGCUGGAUAGGGUGCUUUGGAUUGGAUGAUCCUUCUCCUGCUCUCUUGCAUGUAGCUCUGAUGGUUCUCUUUUGUCACUUUAGAUGGCAGUGGCCUCAAUUCUGAACUUGUACUGUUGUAUCAGCAAGAGACGGAAAUCGAUAGUAAAACACCAUUUUGGUCUUCUUUAUGCAGUACAUAUAUCAGCAUAA